UCAGUGCAGGCAGACUAAGUCAUGAAAUCGGAGUGAACAGUGCUGUUUGGAGGGUAGUUAACCUUUCUAAUUCUGUGGCUUUCAGUAACGUACGUGAAAGGGAAGCUCAUUUUGGAACAACAGCAGAAAUAUACGCCUACAGAGAAGAGCAGGAAUACGGGAUUGAAACGGUCAAAGUGAAAGCAAUAGGAAGACAGAGGUUCAAGGUGCUUGAAAUAAGAACCCAGUCGGAUGGAAUCCAGCAGGCUAAAGUCCAAAUCCUUCCUGAGCGGGUGCUGCCGUCAACGAUGUCAGCAGUGCAGCUGCAGUCCCUCAGCCGAUGCCACGUGUUUCCUUCUCCGAAACCCACCGCGUGGCAGGACCGAGCUAUACACCAGUGGUGGCAGAAAUAUCAGAAGAGGAAGUUCCACUGUGCAAGUUUGACGUCUUGGCCUCCCUGGCUCUACUCUCUGUACGAUGCUGAAACCUUGAUGGAAAGAGUCAAGAGGCAGCUACAUGAAUGGGAUGAAAACCUUAAAGAUGAAUCUCUCCCAACAAACCCCAUAGAUUUUUCUUACAGAGUUGCUGCUUGCCUGCCAAUUGAUGAUGCAUUACGUAUACAGUUGCUUAAAAUAGGUAGUGCCGUUCAACGACUCCGGUGUGAAUUAGAUAUUAUGAACAGAUGCACGUCCCUCUGUUGUAAGCAAUGCCAAGACACAGAAAUAACUACCAAGAAUGAAAUAUUCAGUUUAUCCUUGUGCGGCCCCAUGGCAGCGUACGUGAACCCUCAUGGGUACAUCCACGAAACUCUCACUGUAUAUAAAGCCUGCAACUUGAAUCUCAGCGGACGACCAUCGACAGAGCACAGCUGGUUUCCUGGGUACGCCUGGACUAUAGCCCAGUGCAGAAUCUGUGGGAACCAUAUGGGCUGGAAGUUCACGGCUACCAAAAAGGAUAUGUCACCUCAGAAAUUCUGGGGCUUGACACGAUCUGCUCUCCUGCCUCGGAUUCCAGAAGCGGAAGAAGACUCGGGCCGCGAUAGAUCGCCGUUGCUCUGCCUGUAA